AUGUAAUAAUAAUAAGGAUAAGGAAGUUGUAUUUAAGAUUUUAAUGUCUUAGAAAAAUUAGGAGAAGGUUCAUUCUCUUCAGUUUAUAGAGUAUGAUAAAUAUAAGUAUUUAUAGGUAUAAAGAAAAUCUGAUGGAUAAUAUUAUGCAUUGAAAAAAGUGAAUAUAUCUUAAUAGAGUUAUAAAGAAAGAGAGAAUGCUUUAAAUGAAAUUCGUAUUUUAGCAUCACUUGAUUCUCCAUAUAUAGUUGAGUAUAAAGAUUCUUUUCUUGAUUCUGAAAGUAAAACACUGUAUGUAAUAAUGGAAUUUGCAUCUGGUGGAGAUUUAAAUAGUUUGUUAAAGUAAGGUAAGAUUAAAGGUGGAGUUGAGGAAACAGAAAUUUGGAAAGUCUUAACAUAGAUAACAAUAGGAGUUAAGAUGUUACAUGAUAAUAAUAUCUUGCAUAGAGAUUUAAAAUUAGCAAAUGUAUUUAUAGGAAAAUGUCCAGAAGGAAACAUAUAUAAAAUUGGUGAUUUAAAUAUAAGUAAAGUUACUCAUGGAGCCAAUGCCAAAACAUAAGCAGGAACCCCAUGUAUUAAAUAUAUCUCUAAUUAUUUAUUAGAUUAUGCAUCUCCAGAAGUUUGGAAAGGUGAAUAAUACUCUUGGCCAUGUGAUAUAUGGUCUAUCGGAUGUAUCAUCUAUGAAUUAGCUGCCUAAUAACCUCCAUUCAGAGCAGCAGAUCUCCAAUCUUUGAGUAGAAGAAUUCAAACUGGGGUUUAUGAUUCUAUCCCAGCUAAAUAUAGUAAAGAUUUAUCUGAAGUUAUCAAACUAAUGUUAUAGGUCAAUCCUCGUAAUAGACCUAGUUCUGAUGCUAUUCUUAAAAAUUCUCUUGUUAUCAAAAAUAGUGGCUCACUUUUAGUUGAAGAAGAAGUUGGAGGCAAGAAAGUUGCUAAACUCUUAUAAACUAUCAAGUUACCUUACAAUUUAAAAUAAUUGAAAGGGAAUCUCCCAAAAGCUAAUUACGAAAAUAAAAUCAAAAGAUCUAAUUCAUAAUCUGGAAUUCGAGUCAAUACUGAUACCAGUUAAACCCCUUAACCUGUAGCUAAAAAAUAAAUAGAUGAAAUUAAACCACCUCAAUAAAUAUAAAAACCUCCUUAAUAAUAAUAAGUUAAUAAACCUCCUUUACUCAAACCUCCUGUUGCUCAACCAUCAAAACCAUAAUAACCUCAAACUCCUUAACAAUUAUAUAAUAAAGUUUAAUAAUAAGAAUAGAGAUUACUUGGAUAAUAAAAGUAAUUAUUUUCAUUAAUUUUUAGAUAUUCAAAUGUUCCAUAUCAACCUUAAUAAUAGAUUACUCCUAGAGCUUAAUCUCCAAGAGGAAACUAAAAACAAAGUUAUCAAAAAGGAGCAGCUGGUAUGCCCUCUGGAAUGAUAAGAUAAUAUAGUGCUGGACCUAUUGGUAAAAGAUGA